CAGCUAUCUGACGAGACGGUAGUUUCAUUUUCAAGCUCAAUUCAUAGUUGGUAAUUAUUGAUUUAGAGAGUUUAUCUAGUUAGAGUCAAGACAUGAAUUCAACAUGUAAACUAUUCCUCGGCUUGAUGGCUUGGUCAUUGCUGAACAUAGUGGCUGAAGCAAGAGAUGGGCAAUGCGAUGGACUUCCAGUUGAAAGACAGUCACCAAUUGAUAUAAAGACAUCUACAACUAAAUGCUCGGAGAUGGGCAGUAUAUAUGUUCCAGAAACUACAUGCAAUGAUGUACGUCUAGUGAAUCAUGCAGGCCAUACUGCUCAAUUGGAACUGGAUGAAUGUGACUACACAAUAGAAAGUGGGCCUUUUGUUGGACAAUACAGUAUACUCCAAGCCCAUUUUCAUUGG